AUGUUAACGGAGGAGCUUGUACCAAAUCGUCGCCUAACAAGAAUUUAUCCGCGUGCGAAUUUAAUUACAUUCGAAAAAUAUCAACAACAACAACAGCAACAGCAGCUUCAACAUAAAGCAACAGCAAAAGAAGCGAGGAAAGCGAGUAAAGGUUUCAGAAUUGUAAAAGAGCUAAUUGGUGAACUCGGGCAGCAGACAAGCAUCCCUGGCUUGAGUAAACCAUUGGCACUUAAUAUGGGUGCAGUGGAGCGCCUCUUCUGGACGAUCGGCUUUCUCUGUGCACUCGGCAUGAUGAUCUACGUUAUUCAAAUGCUCGCCGCGCGCUACAAUCGACAACAAUUCAAGACGAUCGUAAAUGCCACGAAUUAUCCAAUUUAUCGUAUUGUUUUUCCCGAGGUCUACCUCUGCAAUCAGAAUCGUUUGAAUUGGGCGCGCUUCAACUCGGCAAAGGAAAAUUAUCUGCGGCGCGAACACCACAACACCGAGCUAGAGCGCCUAUUCACCGAAGUAGUCGCACUUUAUGACACUUUCUAUUUUGGUAGUUUCGAUAGAUUCGAAAAAUUGAACACCACACGACCGCUGCACGAAUUGGAUUAUGUGAACUUCACAUUGGUCGCACAAUUUAUGGCCUGGCGUUGUGACGAACUGCUCACCGAUUGUGUGUGGCGUCACAGGCCAAUGAAUUGUUGUGACAUAUUUAGCGCACGUCGUUCCAUAUACGGAUUUUGCAUGUCCUUCAAUACAAUCGAAACGGCACAAGGACAAUUAAGACAAAAAUUAGACGAUAAAUGGCCGUGGCGUGCCACUCGAAAUGGGCCGGGUAAUGGCCUAAACGUGCGAGUGCUGAUAAACGAACAGAUGCAUUCACCGUUCGCUUCGCGAGAGAAGGGCAUUAUGUUUAUGCUCAUGGAACCUGGCGUGUGGUGGAGUUAUCCAAAUCAAGUGCAUGUAAACGAUCAGAUUAGGGUGAAACUGGAUGCACAAUUGAGUUUCUACGAUGAGACAACACGGCGGCUAUCUUCGCAAGUGCGCGAAUGUGUUUUCGAUGAUGAACGAAAUAGCCUCGAUUUCAAAACGCUAAUGAAUCACAAAUAUAUGUUCGAGAACUGUCAGGCGGAAUGCUUGCAGGAGCAUACUAUGAAAUAUUGCAAUUGCUCCUUGGACAUUUUCUUUCCACCCAGUCAAUAUCCAGCUUGCAAACUGUCUGACAUGCCAUGCUUGGCGCAACAUAAUAAUCAUUUAAAAUACUUCGAACAAAGCGGUGAAAAAGAUUCCAUGCCAAUUAAUGUUAGUGCUAUGGGUAUGGUCUGUGAGUGCUUCCUAAAUUGCCUGUCACUAGCCUAUCUGAUUGAUGUUCGCACAAAUGAUUUGCCAACGAUUUCUCAGCAGGAAAAUAAUUCUCACAUGGAUAUGGACUUUUUCUUUAUACGCGAUUCAAUUGUAGUUUUUCGCACAACGGAUUUCGCUGCCAUCGCCAUGACCACUGCCUCUGGAAAUGAUUUGCCGCUUGCUAGUAGAGUUGUUGCCGCUGUAGCUGAUGCUGAUGCUGCCGCUAUUGAAGCUGCCAUUUUCACGGUCGACUGCAACAUGAAUGAGGUGGAUUUCAUUGGGCAAAGGCUACAUCACCAUCAUGGUCAUUGUCAUUGUCAUUGUCACCGACAGUGUCGCGCAACAACUUCUAGAUUUCACGCUGUUGCUGUGCGCUGA